AUGCAUUCGGUCCAGACAGGCAUGUGGGACCCCCGGUCCCUAUCUAAACAUGUCUCGCCCCUCCCCCCGCCACCCCUCACCAACUCCCGCCUCACCCGCGUAACCAGAGCCACCCCGGCCAAGCGGAUCACCUUCUACAAGAGUGGCGACAAUCAGUUCGGGGGCGUAAGGAUGGCCAUCCACAGGCGUAGCUUCAAAUGUUUCGACACUCUGUUAGAUGACCUUUCUCAAAAGGUGCCACUGCCAUUUGGUGUGCGGACUGUGACCACUCCCCGUGGCCUCCAUGCCAUCAAACACUUGGAGCAGCUCCAGGACGGUGGCUGUUACCUCUGCUCUGACCGGCGCCACGUUAAGCCAAUCAACAUGGAGAUGGCCAGUAAACGCCCAAAUAUCUGGAACAACCACAGCCGUAGACCCCAGCGGCCUGAAGCCUCACCCACAACACCACCCGGCCAUUUGCCUUACAGGCAGCGGCGGAUCCUUCUGGUAAAGAACAGCGAGCCAGGGAUGAGGAGGAGUGUGGUGUUGAGCAGGAGGUCAACCAGGAGUCUGAGGGCAUUUCUUGAUGAGGUGUCCGAAGUGAUGCAGUUUCAUGUCCGCAAGCUCUAUACUCCGGAAGGACGAAGGAUUGACAGCGUGCAGACCCUGAUGACUUCUCCCCCUAUUUUGGUGUGUGUUGGCCGGGAAGCCUUCAGUCCACUGCUAGUAAACUAUGUCAGGAAGAGCUCAGAGGAAAAACUGCCUGGCUUGGGCACCAGGUCCCCUGGUCUUGGCCCCAGAACUCCUGGAAAUGGAGCCAAGUCCCCUGCUACUCAAGGUCCAAGAUCUCCACCACAUGGAGCUCAGUCACGGGCCAGCGAGUACAGUGAAGGGCAUGAGAGCAAGAAAAGUGUUAACUUUGGUCUGGAAACCAAAAAGAGCAUCAUCCACCCUCGUUCUGAUUCCUCAAACCGUUCUGCCCGUUUCUCUUUGUCUUCAGAGAAGUCAUACGGCAAUGGUGUCAGCACACUCUCCCAGGGCAGACCAGCUAUUAUGAAUGAUGACAUUGAAAAGCGUGUCCUGGUCAAUAAAGAUGGCAGCCUCUCAGUGGAGAUGAGGGUGCGUUUUCGCCUCCAAAAUGAAGAGACCUUGCAGUGGUCCACCCAGAUUAAAAAAUCCCCAUCUCUGACCAAUGACUGUUGCCCUCUGAGUCAGGCCCAGCCUCAUUACUUGCAGCAGGGCCAAUCAGAAAGUUGCUCUGACCCUGAUUCCACUACCUUCGAGCCAGAGGUUGUGGAGUAUUCCAGCCAACCUCUGCAGCAUGUUUUGGAAGGGAGUGGCUGCCCCUGCUGCUAUCAGAGGCAGGAACAGCAGUACGACUUGUGGGAAAACCCUGCACACAGCCACAAACAGCGUCCUGCCGCACCCCCGCAUAAAUCCAGCCACACCCAUACUAUGAUGAGACACACACACUCCUCUAGCUCUUCCUCAUCAUGUAACUCAAGGAGAGUGGUGCGCUGCCGAGCACAACUCUCCAACUGUGGAGGAGGCUCUGGUUCAGAGCAGAGCCAACUGGUCCAGGAGGAGAUGUGUGUGACAGAGCGCAGAGUAGAAGUGGAGCAACAUGGAGACACCCAUGUAGAGGUGUGCAGAGUGAGCCGGUGCUGCAGUCGCAGUGAAGUGCUCGCUAUUGAUACCAACCUACUGCCAGUUAGCAGGAAAUCAGUUGAGGAUGAGCUAAUGCUGGAGGAAGGUGACCGCCCGCUCUCUGGGAUCAGCAGCUCCUCACAUGUCCUGCAAUCACUGAAAGAAGACCACGAUGAUGAGGAUGAUGAUCUCCCACCCAGCGCCUCACAGUGCGGUGAAAGCAAUGAAUCAACACCAUCCCCAAUCUCCCAGACAGGCAAUGACAGGCCAACAGGCAACAUUUCAGCCGGUUCGGUCCACUCUACCAAACACAAGAAGCACAAAGACACUGAAGAGAGAGGAAGCAGAACGGUAUCAGCAGCCUGUUCCUGUCACUGUGGAUCUGCCACCCCACAGUCAACAACUGGAGCAGAUGAAGUGGAUCGAGCCCCCAGCUCCAAGUCCAGAACAAGCAGAGCCUCUUGCAGGUCCACCACAGCCAGGACCCCAAACUCAGAGGAAGGGGUAGCAGAUGAUGAAGAUGAUGAGGUGAAAAAGGUUGUUAGUGGGUUGUCUGGUCAGACAGGACUUUCAGCAGGCUCACGGCAGUCAGGAGCAUCCAGUGUAUGUCAUAACUGUGGGGGCUGCCAACAUGGGGUCAACUCCAGUUCCAGUAGCAGAGCUUCACAGAGCUCACAUCACACCAACCAAGCAUCUCCAAAACCUGGCUCACCUCCCCAUGACCAAGAGAAUGCCAAUGAUGGCAGUGAAGAAGAUGGCUCUGAUGUGUCAGCUGUGUCAACACAAUCCAACAAAAGUAACCUCACCAACCACGGGCGCUGCUCUCAAAUAUCAAAUGUUGUGGAGGGCAGGGCAUCUCGUGCCAUGUCCAGAAAGUCCAAUCUGGAGCCAGCAGAAAAAGAGGAAGAACGGCCUCCCAGUGCCACCUCAGCCACAAGCCACAGGUCCAGCAGAUCGCAUAAGUCUUGCUGUAAUGGUGCCACUGAUGCCACAACUGAAAAAGAGGAGGAGAGAAGCCCCAGCGCUAUGUCUGCUCUGUCAAACUUGUCUGCCAAGUCCAGCAAGUCUCAAAAGUCCAACAAAAAUGGUACAGUAGAAACUCUGGACAUCAAAACAAGAGAGGAAGCAGAGGGACAGAAUGUUGAAGAAAGAGCAGGUAGCUCCUUAUCAGCCAAAUCUUGUAUUUCAGCAAAGUCCAGUGCUUCAGUCAGGUCUCACAAGUCCAAUUGUCCAUCACGUAUUAGGGUUGCCUCUCCAUCUGACAAUGCAGCUGUGGAAGAGGAUGAAACAAACAAUAGAGCUCCCAGUAGCCUUUCUGUUAAGUCUACCAAGGAAGAAAGACCUGAUAGUGUCCUAUCUGCUAAAUCAGCUAAAUCAACUAAAUCAAAUGUGUCAGGAAAGUCCAGCAAGUCCCACAAGUCCACUUGCAGUCAUUUUGUGAGAGAAAUUUCUCCAGGUGCUGAAGAUCCUAUUGAAGAUGCAACAGGAAAGGAAGGAGAAACAGAGGUAGAGGACCGAGCAGCGAGCACCCUGUCAACCAAGUCAAAUGUGUCUGCCAAGUCUAAUAAAUCCCGUAAAUCCACCAAAGAUUCACAAAGGUCACCUUCACCCGGGUCAGAGGCUGGAGGAGAUGAGGAAGAAAGGGCAGCAAGUCAAAUGUCUGCCAGAUCAGUUAAAUCUAACAUAUCUGUCAAAUCUAAUUGUAAUGGCAAUGAAAAGGUAGCAGAGGAGGCUGAAGAAGAAGAAAAUGAGAAUGUGGAAGAGGAAACACAGCCAAGACCAGAAAGUGUAGCAUCUGCCAAAUCAGAAAAUGAAGAGAGGCCAGCCAGUGCAGUGUCCUGUAAAUCUAAAAAGUCUCUCUGUAAUAGCAACACAGAUGAAACUCCAGAAAUGGGAGACAAUACAGGAGAUUGUGACAAGGCUGAGGUUAGAGCUGCUAGUGCUUUGUCAGGUAAAUCAGCUUCCUCUGCAAAGUCUCACCACACAAAUUGUUCAAAGAGUUCAAGAGUAGCUUCUCCAGCUAAGGAUACAUCUAAAACAGAGGUUGACCGAAGCCCCAGUGCUAUGUCUGGGAAAUCAAACACCUCUGCCAAGUCUGCUAAGUCCAAAGGGUCAAACCACACCCCAGCAUCGCCAAAUGCAGAUGAAGCUGUUGUUCCUUCUACAGAGACAAAUGAAGAAGAGAAGCAAGAUGAAAAUCAAGAGCGGGUGGCUAGUGCCAUGUCUGUAAAGUCAAAAUCUUCAGUGAGGUCAGGUACUUCACACAAGUCAAAUUCUAACCAGCAUGUUAAAUCAGUGUCACCUAGUUCAAAUGUUGUCACCAUUAAAACACCAGAAGGGGUUGAUGAGGAAGGAAAUAAGACAACAGAGAGACCAACCAGUGCUGCAUCAGCUAAAUCGGGAAAAUCUAUUGCUGUUAUUGAAACAGCAGAUGCAGAUGAAAACCAAGAGGAAGACAAUGCACCAAAAAUUAAAUCUUCUGAACACUCUAAUGGCAAAACACUUUCACCCAGGAGGACACGAUCACCCCGAACACGCUCACCCAAAGCUUCAUCCCCCAGCAGUCCUCAAUCCUCAGGACAGCAGUUAUUGCCUAACCCUGGUGUUGGAGAGACAAGAGGACCCAGUGCCUUGUCAGUUCACUCCACAACCUCUGCUAAAUCUGGCAGGUCCAAAUGUCACUGUGGAAAGGCAAAGAAAGAAAAGGAGACGGAGGUCAAGGAAGUGGAGAAAAAAGAAGAGGAUGAGAAGCUAAAAAGCGAGGAUGACAAAGAGCCUUCAGAUCGAGCAGCCAGUGUCCUAUCUUCCUCCUCCAAAAAAGAGAGAGAAUCAGGAGACCCGGAGCCACCACUGAGUCGAAACUCAUCAGGUUCAGUAUCUCUUGGGUUGCCAGAGGACCAAGAAACAGGUGAUUCAGACAGUGGCAAGUCAAAUGUUUCAUUUCAUACUGGGAGUAAGGAAAGUACUUUGUCUCACAAUCUUCCAGCAGUUGAUAUACCAACUAUUGAAACACCUGGAGGAGGUAACAACGAAGGUGAAGAAGGUGAAGAGCAAAAAACAGAAAGACCAGCCAGUGAACUUUCAGCCAAAAGCAGCAGGUCUCACAAGUCUUCAUGUAGCUGUAAAGUCAAAGCAGCAGCUCGAUUGGGUACCAGCCCAACCAAAGCAGGAAAUGACCUUGAAACAGGAAGUGUGAAGUCUGCUAACAAUCUGGAUGCAGUUGACAAUAGGACCCCAUCUGCAAUGUCAUCAGCAAGUGCUAAAGUUAGGAGCAAAUCCCCUGCAAAUUCAACAAAUAAUAAUGCUGAAAACAAGGCCUCCAGCAGACCAGCUAGUAAAACCAAAGGGAAAGAUGUCACAGACGACGCAGCCAGUGUCUGCCCAAAGAGUCCCUGUUGCCUCAGGCCUGAGUCUGCAGCUUCAGCUAAGUCAGUGUCAAAAAUGAAAGCCUCAAAGCAGAGUAAACAAGAGGAUCCAGUCAUAUCAGAAGAUGAAGUCAAAGGUGACAGUGGUAGUGUCAAGUCUGUUAAACCCUCAAAGCCCUGUCCUUCACACAGCUCCAGGCUAUCCAGCAAAGUGGAGACAUGUAGUGAAAGUACUCUGUCUCACUCUCUGUCCGCUGCUGACCUGCUGAAGGAAACCAUGGCCACUACACGUCCAUACAGUCGACAGUCAAAGGCCAGCAAAACCAGCGACAAGCCGAGCAGUGAGAAAAGUGGGAUGUGUCAGAGAAACAAGAGCCAGAUGGAUCGGAAAGAGCUGGAACUGACACCUGCCUUUCUACCUAACACUUCCCCUAAUGAGGUCGUUAGCGAUUGGCUGCGGAGCAUCCCCACUAAUGGCAACUUGCUCACUCUUGAUGAUGAGCUGAACAAGGAAGAGCAGGAGGUGAAGGAGAAGGAGGAGGUUGAGGAGAAACCUGGAGAGGAGGUAGCAAAGGAGGAGGAUAGUCCUGACGCUGAGAAAGUAGACGAGGAGGAGGAAGCUGACGCUGACGAGAAAGAGGAGAAAGAGGAAGAAGUUGAAUGUGAUGCAGCGGAGGGGGAGAAGAGCGCAGAUCCAGCUCCAGGUGUUGCAGUCGGGACUUCAGUUCGCACCACCAAUCUUUUGUUGAGUGGUGAUUCUCAGCCAAAGAACUGGCAUUCUUCAGUAGCAGUGAUGAAAGUUCUCCUGGGCUCUUCUCUGAGUCGAUCUCGGAGCUUGCCUGAGGUGUCUCCAGUUUAUGGUCGCAGACUGAGCACAUCAGCCAAGGGCCUCUUGGACUGUCUGGCCCAGCUGCAGCUCAUUGAGCCUGCAGUGAGCCCUGGCUGUGACCCACAAAAGGACCGCAAGCAGCAGUAUGAUGACAUUAUGGCCAUCCUUCAGUCCCUCUGGCUCACAGAUCCAAAGGACAUUGAGGUCAAGAAAAGCAGCAGCGAGGUGACUCCACCGAGGUCCUCAUCCGGGGUGGGUAUGAGCAGUGGCUCUGGUGGAUCAGGGAAAGAGAAUGUAAAUCAAGGAGGAGAUGAAAUACUCCCAAAGGAGACAGAAUCUCUACAUGAGGAUGAGGGAGCGGAGAAAGUUGAAGAAGAAAAGGAAGAGGAAGAAAAUGAAGAAGCAGGUGACCAGGAAAUUGAGGCUGAAGCAGAACCAGAAUCAGAAGAGACAAAACCAGACACAGCAGAGGAAUCGGUGCAAAUUGAUGAACAGAGUAUAACCCCUCCAAGCCUAGACAGCCCAAAAGCCACUGACAACCCCUCAUCAUCAGACAAGAGCUCUGUUAAUGACAGCUCCAAAUCCCCCACCGAUAACAAGCGAGAACAAGAGGACUCAAGCUCAGGCACACCCCCAACUGUCGUGCGAGCACCCUUGUCCAAAAGACUAUCCCAAGAUCCUGAUCCAGUGUGGGUCCUGCAACUUCUGAAGAAGCUGGAGAAACAAUUCAUGAACCACUACAUUAACGCCAUGGCAGAGUUCAAAGUUCGCUGGGACCUUGACGACAGCCUAAUCUUGGACACAAUGAUCUCCGAACUGAGAGAGGAAGUGAGCCGGCGCAUCCAGACCAGCAUCGAACGUGAGAUGAGAAAGAUUCAGAGUCGAGCCGGCAAAGUGGGGAGGUCUCCUCGGCCACCACAACUAGGAAACCUCUCCAGGGAGUCCACCGUAACAGACAGGAGGCGUCAGAUGUUGAAGGUCAUGAAGAACCAGUCAGUAAAUCCUGCCGACACCUUCAGUGAUAACGAUAUAACGGGUGAGUUCAGUGACCAGCGAAGUGAAGAUGAGUACUGUCCCUGUGAUGCUUGUGUACGCAAGAAAAUGGCUGAACGACCUUUCAAAAGUAACCCGCUGGCAUCUGACGCCCCACUGAUGAUGGAAUUUGACCUCCUUAAGAUACUUCAGUUGAAGAAAAGCCCAUCCCCUGCACCAGUUUCUUCACUACUGGUGGAGGGGGAAAGUGAAAGCAUGGUAGAUGAGGAGGGGAGGAAUUUAGAGGUAGUGCAGGAAGAAGAAGAGGAGGAUGAAACGAAAGAGGAUAUCAAAGCUGAAGUUGUUUUAGAGGAGACUAUCCCAGAGGAGGAUGAGGAAGAGAUGGGAGAUGAGCAGGAGGAAAAUGACGGCGGAGAUGAGGAGCAGGAAGAGGGUGAAACAGGUGGCGAGGAAGCUGCGGAAGAAGGGGCAUCAGAAAAUGGAGAGGAGGAAGAGGAGGAGGAAGAAUGCCCGUGCUGUUGUGCUAGAAAUGAGGAGGAGAGUGAUAAAGCAGAAGAGGGAGACGAGGAGGCAAAAGAGGCAACAGCAGAUGAAGGAGAGACCACUGAAAAUGGGGAAGGUGAGGAGGAGGAAGGGGAGACAGACUUGGCAAACGAAGAAUCAACACCAGUGGAAGAGCUUGUGGAGGGGAACAUCAGUUCUUCAGCAGAGGAUGAGAGCAAAGGUGAUGACGGCACCGGAGAGGACAAGUCAAAUGAAGAUGAAGAGGGAGGAGAGAGCGAGGAGACGUCACAACAGGGGGAGACUCCAACUGUCUGUGUGACUGAGGGAGAGGAAGCCGACCCAGAAGACUCAAACACUGGAGAGUGUUUUGUCACAGGAGAUGAGGAGGAGAAAGAGGGUGGAGGCAAUGGAGAUGAAGAGGAGGUUGUGGAAGAUGCUGUCGAGGAAUUUAAGCACAAGGAAGAGGAGGGAGAAGAGAUCGAAGGUAAUUGGGAGGAUGGCGCUCUGCACCAUCAGGUCACCAGGACCUCAAUGGAGUCCCAACCUGGCUCCAUGGAAGAUAUUGGCAGGGAUUCACCUCAGAAUCCUGUUAUCGCCACAGAAGUGCCCAAAAAGGCUGCAGAUGGAUCCACUGGUGGUGUGUGCCAGACGACGAGCCGGUCGCCAGCCAGGGUCAAACGACGCAAACCCAAAGAGAGCGACGUUGCAUAG